AUGUUCCGAAACAUCUUGGAUAUGCUUCGCGCAUACCGUGAAAAGCAGAAACAGACAAAGAAUGCCGACAAGGAGUGGGACGAAUGGAACGAAUGGAACGAUGAUAUCAGAACGGUACCCUAUGCGCUCGACCACUGCACUCAACACUGCAGGCACCCCAUCUGCCGCAGGGUAAUUCGCGGCAACGAGAGGAUAAACCUAGAUCAGGAAGCCUGCCAAUGCUCCCUCGAACCACCCCCUGCAACAACCUCAAAAUAUCAAGUACCGAUACAGGAAUUCUCAGAAGAAGACAUCGCCGCCGUGCAAUCCACCUACGACCACACCAGCAAACACGACCUCAUCACCGUCAAUCUGGGCACUGCAAUCACCCUCGUCGACUUGCUGCGCCAGAACUUCCACUUGAACCUCUGCUCGCGUCUCCAAUGGGACCCACGCUUCACGCCAAACACACUGCUCCACGGCACCCAGUACAACGCCGCUGUGCAAUCCACAAACGGCCUCGUCGACAAGCUAUUCGUCCACCUCAUGCUGCUGCUCGGUCCAACGCCAAACCAAACACGGUGCAUCGAGCUGCAAGAACUGCAGCAAACACUGCAAUCAGUGAUGCGACUCGAGUUCUUUUGGUGGCAGGCAACGUGGUGUUUUAAGCAGCAGCAGCAACAGCAACAGCAGGAGAGGAUAGCCAAGGCGGAUGACUCGCAUGUCCGGAAGAUGAUGAAAGAUGGGUUUGUACGUGCGCGACGGCGAUAUAUCUGCGGGAGGCAGAGUGUAGGGAUUCGAGUGAUGAUGGAGAAGUUGGAGGAUAUCGUCGAGAUGGUCGUGGGUGUGUUGGUGUGGUGGAGUGAAUGCACGCGCAGGUGGGCGGAGGAGGAGAAGGAGGAGGAGGAUGAAGAUGCCGAGUCGACAGGGCUGGAUUCGAGUGUUGCGUCUUUUGUGACGGCGCAGAGUCAUGUUACCGGCGACGACAGCGAUGUGAAUGGGAGAGAUGGGGAGAAGGUUUGA